AUGGCCGUCACCGUCACCGUCCUCUACCCCAACGUCUCUGACGCCACCUUCGAUCUCGAAUACUACCUCAAGACUCACAUGCCGCUGGCGCAUAAGAAUUUCGGCCCCCACGGAAUGAAGGGUUAUAAAGUAGCCCGCGUCGUCGGCACCGCGUCGGGCGAUCCCGCCCCCUACAGCAUCCAGUGCACCCUCGAGUUCGACACCGUGGAGCAGGUCAAGACUGCCGUCUCGACCUCCGCUGGCCCUGUCAUGGCCGAUGUUCCCAACUUUUCGAACCAGCAGCCCAUUUUCCUGAUCGGCGAGAUUGUCGGUACAAACUAA